CACACGCUUAUUUCUUUCUUCUGAAGUUGGAACCUUUGUACUUGAGUCUUCUUUGUUUCUCUGGUUGUUGACGUUGUUGUUGUAAGAGAAAGGAACAAGAACAAAGGGUUGUUGUUGUUUCAUUUUUACAUGUGAAGGAAGAAAAUUCUCAAUUUUUGGCUGGUGGGUUUUCAAUUUCAUUGGAUUUUGCUUUAUUCUAAGGAUACAAUUUUUGUCUCUGAAAUGGAGAGAGAUUUCAUGGGUCUGAGCUCCAAAGAACCACUCUCUGUCAUCAAGGAAGAAAUCAAAAAUGAUGGGUGGAUAGACUCAGGUUUCACGAAGGGUUCGGUUGCACAAUGGCCCUUCACGAACAAAGUGUCUGCUUUUCCCCAUGUGAUGUCUUUCAAGGUUUCUCAAGAUGAAAGGACUAAAAGGAUGGUGUCUGAACCCCAGAAAUCUCUCAAUCUCAACGAGCAAGGCGGCAUUCAUUUUUCACUGGCGCCGCAUCCGGUACAACAUGAUGGGAAGAUGUUUUCAGUUUCCAAUCAAGCAAUUUCUGCCCCCUUGGGAAACCCAUUCCAGAAGAAUCAUUUUGCCGCUGCUGGUCAGAAUAUGAACGGUGCUAAUGUAAAACUGCCACUUCUCGGGGGAAAACCUGUUACCGCACCUCAUUCAUCUCUUCCCACCAUUGGUGCUGUUGCUGGAAUGUCUGAAUCAUGUAACAGUCUGAAAACAUCUGCGCCUUCUGCCCCACUUACCAUCUUCUAUGCGGGUACUGUCAAUGUCUUUGAUGAUAUCUCUGCCGAGAAGGCACAAGCAAUCAUGUUGUUGGCGGCUGGCAAUGUCUUAUUCGGGGCUUCUAGCACGGCACAGCAAAAAGUUCAGGCACCGAGCUCUAAGUUGGCUGGUGGUGAUGUCUGUCCGCCUGCAAAUACACCACCCUGCUCUGGUCUUUCAAGUCCUUUGUCUGUUUCGUCCCCUACCGGUGCACAUUCAGGGAGUGGCUCAACUAGCACUGAUGAAUUUCUGGCAGCGAAAACAACUGGAGUUCCUACUGCUCCUGUUAGCAUUGUGGAGCCGCGAAAAGCAGUCACCGCGGCCACUAUGUUAACAUCAGCGGUGCCUCAAGCUCGGAAAGCAUCCUUGGCUCGAUUUUUAGAAAAGCGCAAGGAAAGGGCGAUGAAUGCAGCACCAUACAAUAACCUCAAGAAGUCUGAGGAGUGUGCCAAUGCAUAAAACAGUGGUGGUUCUGCUACUAAUACUCUUCAGCCUAGCAAGGAUAGUAGCCUGAACCUUUAGUGAACUAUUUCAAAGAAAAUUGUUGUUGUAACCUAAAAAUACUGUAAGCAUAUGCUUUUAUUCUUCGUUGAUCAAAACUUGUGCUGACAUUCUAAUGUUCCAGACUAUUCAGUGACAUGGGUAGAUUAAUGAAAACUCCAUCAAUGAGCUACAAUUAUGAUAUUAUUACAUUCAA